GGCAUUAAAUCUACUGUAGAAUCAUUAUCUAAUUCGAAAAACUCAUUGUUAUAUUUAACUUCCAUCGCAACUCUAAAUUUAGAAAUUUUCCUUUUAAGAGAUGAAUUAGCCAAAAAUCCAACUCUGCCUUAUUACCAGGAAUGUUUUUUUUCAGACUUCAAUACAGUCCCAGAAUAUCUAGCUUUUGCAUUAACUUCGGAAAUGAAAUAUUUUGUAGUUUUAACUGAAAACAAAGCAGCAAUUGAAGAAUUGUUGAUUACUUUGAUCUUACAAGUAUUUGAGAAGUCCCCUAUGGUAUUAAGUCAAUUAAUUAAAAAAUUACCUGAUGAUGAAAAACUUGUAGAGGCAUCAAAAUUAAUGUUGACAAAGGAUAACUUACCGAUUGCAAAUUUCGUUAAAAUAUUAGCUGACGAAGGUAAAUUGGAUAAUAUUAUCAAUAGAUUACCGUUCUCGGAAGCAUUUAAAGUUUUCCCAAGUGCAAGAAAAGUCGGCUGGUCUGGGUUCCAAGGCUAUAUUGCAAACAAUUUAAACAACAAUAAUGUAGCAAUAAUUCUAGAUAACCUGGAAAUUCAAUGUAAGAUGACAGAAUCAAACACUCAAUAUAGAUCUUCCAAAGUUUUCGAUAUUCCCGCUUUACAUUAUUUAAUUACAACCUUAACAAACUUCCCAAUGAAUGCUUUAAACCGUGAAAAAUUUGAUGCAGUUCAAUUAUCUGUUAUUAUUGUCUUUCCUAGGAUAAUUAAUUUUGGUAACGGCCAUGAUCAGGCAAUAUUGAUGAAUGGUGAUUUAACAGCAAUUCAAACAGAGGUUGAAAAGGAAAUGCAAAGUUAUCUACAAAAAAUGUAUAGCAGUGAGUUGGCAAUUAAAGAUAUCAUAGACGUUUUAAGAAAAUUAAGAGAUAGUGAUAAUGCUAGAGAUCAAGAUUUAUUUGCAUGUAUGACUCAUGCUGUAUUGGCAGAGUCUACCUUUUUCAAAGACUAUCCUCUUGAAGCAUUAGCAACUACUUCUGUUUUGUUCGGUUCCAUGAUUUUGUUUCAAAUAUUACGUGGCUUUGUCUUAGAUGUUGCUUUUCGAAUUAUAUUAAACUUUGCAAAAGAAGGACCAGACUCAAAGAUGUUUAAAUUUGCUGUCCAAGCAGUCUACGCGUUUAAAAUGCGUUUAGUUGAAUAUCCUCAAUAUUGUAAGGAUUUAUUAGAACAGGUUCCAGGUUUACAAACCCAACCUCAAGUUUUUCAAGCAGUAACAGAAGCUGCAUUAUUAGCAGAUUCCAGAUCCAAUGAAGUCCAAGAUAAAAGUUCAACACCAACAGAAUUUAUUGUGAUGAGAUAUUUUGUCGUAGAUGAAUUAAAAACAUCUGUUGCACAAGAAAACCCACCCAAAGAAAUAGUUGAAAAGAUAUUAUUUGUGGUCAAUAACAUGACUAUGGAAAACUUCGAUGAUAAAAUACCAGAUUUAAAGGCAGUAUUGUCACCUGCAUAUUCUUCUUGGUUUUCUCAAUACUUAAUAAACCAGAGGGUUAAGACUGAAACAAAUUACCACCCAUUAUAUUCCAAAAUUAUUACUUCUAUUGGCUAUGAUUUGUUGCAUGACUUCAUGAUUAAUGUAACAUUAAAACAACUUUUGUUCCUAAUUUCAACAAAAGACAUCCAUGGUAUUGAUAGAAAUAUUUUGAAAAGUUUAUCAUCCUGGUUGGGUAGAAUUACACUGGGGUUGGAUAAACCAAUAAUCCAUAAAAACAUUGCUUUCCGUGAAUUAUUACUGGACGCUUAUAAACAAAAUAGAUUGGAGAUCAUCAUUCCUUUCGUAUGUAGAGUUUUAAUGAACACGGAAGAUUCUAGGGUAUUUAGUCCUCCAAAUUCAUGGACUAUUGGUAUCUUAAAGCUUUUGAUAGAAAUGAACAAUAAAGCUAAUUGGAAAUUGAGUUUGACCUUUGAAGUUGAAGUUUUAUUUAAAACUUUAAAACUACCUUUAGAUGUAUAUCCUCCUUCAAACUUUUUAGAAACCGAGGAUGUAAUCGAGGAACUUUCAGGAAAUAUGAGUGAUAUCUCAUUAGAGCAAAGACAACUGGAACAGCAAAGACAAAGAAUAAUAAUGCAGCAAUAUCAACAAUAUAUGAUGCUUGCCCAACCAAGACAGCAAAAUCUCCCACAAACAGCACCAAUCAUUCAAGGUGAACAAGGACCAAUACCUGGUGAAGCACCCUCAAAUGAUAAUCCAUUCGGUAAUUUAAUAGGAUCAACAGUUUUUGUUACUCAUCCAGAUUUGAGGCGUGUUUUCCAAAUGGCGAUUGCCAAAUCGGUUAGAGAAAUACUACCACCUGCGGUUGAAAAAUCUGCUAGUGUAGCGGUUGUUACAACUUCAAAAAUUAUCUCCAAAGAUUUUGCUACUGAAGUUGACGAUAUGAAGUUAAAGACGGCUGCUGUUAUUAUGGUAAGACAAUUAGCACAAAGCUUAGCCAGAGCUACAUCAAUUGAAAUUUUAAAAGAUGACAUCAGAACGACUACUCAAUCAUUAGCUCCUAAUUUAAUGACGCUGGUUUCAUCACCGCUUGAAGAACUACAAAAGGCAGUUGAUGAGAAUAUUGGAUUGGCAUUAUCAUUGAUUGAAAAGGCUGCCAUGGAUAAAGCCAUGCAGGAAAUUGGUGAACAGUUGAUGCAAGAAAUAGCGGUUCGUAGAUAUCAUAAGGAAAGAAGAGCUGAUCAGCCCUUCUUAAACCAAAAUACAAAUCCAUACGCAUUAACUCUUCCAGAACCACUUGGUCUAAAGAGUACGGGUGUUAGUCCACAACAAUUUAGAAUAUACGAAAGUUUUGGGAAAUUCAAUACAAAUAUUGAAAAUCCGUCUGGCGUAAGUACAGCAUAUUCGAAUUUGAAUCAGCAAGCUCAACUAUCUCAACAGCAACAGAUUCAACAAAUACAGCAACAGCAACAGCAAGUUACUCAAUCAUAUCCAGGAAAUCUACAAGCUCAAUUAGCACAACCAGCUCAACACACUCCAGUGGCAGGCACGAUUCCAAAUGAGUUAGAACAAAAUCACCGUGUCCUUGUUCAAUUAAUGGAUAAUCUGGUGCUUCAAAUAAAAGAAAAUGCUAGUAAAAAGACACUGAAGGAAUUGAAUGAGCAAAAUCCUAUCAAACAAAUAAUUUUGCAAAUUUUGACAUUCAUUGCAAAGAGUGUCCAAAGAGAUCAACUUGCAUUAAAGGUAGCUCAAGCAGUUGUGAAUAGUUUGUUUGCUACAAGUGAAAGUCCAUUGUGCAGAGAGGUUUUGUCAAUUUUCUUGGAUCAAUUAUGUUCUCUCUCAUCUUUAGCAAAAAAAGAUGUAAUUUGGUGGUUAAUUUAUGCUCCAGAUAGCAGAAAAUUUAACGUUUCAGUCAUUUUAUGUCUUUUAAAUUCUAAACUAAUAGAUGGUAAUAAUCUAGAUACAAUGUUGUCGAUUGCUUUAGAAAAUAAUGUAGAAAACUCAGUUGCUUUUUCGAUUUCCAUUAUCAAAGAAACAUUACUUGCUGAUGAACCUAUUUUAAUGAGAAUGGAUUUCAUCAACACAAUGAAGGUUCUAAGUUCAUUGGAAGUUGAUAUUGCAAAAAAAUUCAUUGAAGAAUAUGAAUCUAAUAAAAUUGUGCCAGUAUUGAAAAAUGUGGAUGUGUCAGAAACAGAAAAGUAUUAUUUGAUUUUUACUGAAUGGGUAAAAUUAUUACAAAAGGUCGAACAUGAUGACGAAUUGGUCACAGUAUUUUUAAGACAAAUGGUGGAUAGGGGUGUUUUGUCUGAUACUGAUAGUUUGAUUAAUUUCUGUAAGGCCUCUUUUGAAUUAUCUAUUCUUGCAUUCAAAGCCAGUGACCCGACUGGAGAAGUAUUUGUAUCCAUUGAUGCACUUGCAAUGUUGGUUACAAAGUUGUUAGUAGUGCAAGAGUUUGAGGAUUAUAGUAGAAAUGAAUACCUAGACAUAAUUUUCUGCAUUUUAACUAUGGUUUUCUCAAAGGACCAUGAACAAGAUAAUUCUACAUUUAAUGAGAGACCUUACUUCCGUUUCUUUUCCAACAUUCUCUCAGAAUGGAGCUCUUUGAGAGGCCAUGAUUUUAUUAAAAUUACGGACCAACAAAUAAGAAAGGAAUUAAUCGAAUUUGAUAAUUAUUUCUAUAAUACAUUUGCAUCCUAUUUGCACCUGAUUCAACCAGUAGCCUUCCCAGGUUUUUCUUUUGCUUUCAUCACCUUACUAUCUCAUAGAAUGUUUUUACCGAACAUGCUUCGUUUGGAAAACAAAUCUGGUUGGAAAAACCUAACAAUUCUGAUCAUUGAUCUAUUUAGAUUCUUAGAUCAGUAUACCGGUAAGGUUGGUAUUUCUAAUGCAAUUUCUGUUGUUUAUAAAGGUGCAUUGCGUGUUAUUAUUGGUAUUUCAAAUGACUUCCCGGAAUAUUUGAUAGAGAACCAUUAUGAAUUUAUGAAUGCGUUACCUUCAUCAUAUGCUCAAUUGAAGAAUGUCAUGCUGGCAGCAAUUCCAAAGAAGAUUAUGUUGCCAAAUCCAUACGAUAAUGGAUUGGAUAUGGACAAGAUUGAUUCAUGUAAAAUGCAACCUACUGUCUUUUAUGAUCCUGUUGUGGAUUUACAUUCUUUUAAAAAACCUGUUGAUAAUUAUUUGCGUAUCCCAUCCAAUUCCUUAAUGAGAACCAUCAUAAACGGUGUGUACAGAGAUGAAUAUAGUUUUAAGAGUGGCAUUGGCUAUGAUUAUGUUUCAGUUGAUCAAAAGCUUGUUCGUGCAGUUGUGUUACAUGUUGGUGUUGAAGCGGGUUUGGAAAGUGAAAAGACCUCAUCUGGUGCUAUAUUUAACGCCAAAUCGUCUUAUUACACAUUGUUAUUCAAUCUAUUAAACGAAGGUAGCAGUGAAGUUAGGUUCAAGGUGAUUGAGGCAAUGAUGGAACAAUUAAGAUAUCCAAAUAUCCAUACACAUUGGUUCACUUUUGUUCUUAAAAAUAUGUUCACUUCUGAGGAAUGGGGUGAACAAAAGUCAGAAAUCCAAGAAAUUAUACUACGUAACAUCUUUGAAAGAAUUAUUGUUAAUAAGCCUCAUCCAUGGGGUGUGACUGUAUUGUUUACUCAACUACUCAACUUGAAUAAUGUCAAGUUGUUAUCACUACCAUGUGUAAAGAAAGUUCCUGAAAUUGAAAACAUUUUAAAAAUCUUGGAAAAACAAACUUAUAAUAUAACUUCAUCCAUUAACAAUGAUCAACAAAAUCAUACUCAAAGUAUAUCUACAAUGUAG